UAAAUAACACGUGCUCGUAAAUGUCAUACAUAUUCAAAUUUCAAGCUCCGAACUGUAACACAAUUGCACGUUCAGCUCAGCUGAUUCAGCUGUCAGCUGUCAGCAUUUUACCAUUGUAGAAUAAUUAAAUAUGAUAUCUUGAUAAAUAUGUCAUUAUCUCUUGAAAAAAUAAUAUCUUGAAACGCACAUGAAUUUACAAAGCAUCAUCGUUUUCAUCGCAACGUGUGCACUGUGUGACUUUGCAACAGGGAAUAAAAUGAUGCUGUUUGAUUUCACAAAUGUGCAAAGCUUGGAUGAUUGGCGAGAAGUUUCUGACACUGUGAGAACUGUGGGAAAAUCAAAAGCUGUAUUAACAUUGCAAACAAGUCAGCUCUUUCAGAGAGCAGUCUUCUUCACAUUGCUAAAUCCACAACCAAAUGGUGCUGGUUUUGCUGGCAUUAGAAAGGCAGUAAAUUUUAAUCUAUCAAGAUUUAAGAAUAUUGAAAUUUUAUGUCGAGGACAGGGGCAAAAUAAUCAUUACAAGAUUAAUCUCAAACACCGAGGACAGAAUUCCAAUGAGGAUUUCAGCUAUGAACAAUUCUUUACAGUGCCAAUAUCAGACAACGAAUUUUUUACGAUAACAUUACCGCUGAAAGAUUUCAAGUCUUAUUAUCGUGGACGCGAAAUUCCGGAUGGUGAGCCUCUGGAUACAGCAAAUAUUACUACAUUUGAAUUUCAAAUUUACGGUGGCGUCUAUUCGCCAAUCAAACAACAUGGCGUAUCAGCGUUAGAAAUAGAAACUGUAUCAGUUUCUUCCUAAUUGUAUUAGAAAAUACAAA